AUGAGUAGUAUCGGAUUUGAGAAGUGUGUUUCUGAACAUGGAGUGUAUGUUCAGUGUUAUAAGAAGAAUGAGAAAGCAGAUAUGGUGAUUGUGUGCCUGUAUGUGGAUGAUCUACUGAUUACAGGAAGUAGUGUUCAGAAAAUUGUUGAUUUCAAGCUCCAAAUGCUACAGGAGUUUGAAAUAAGUGAUCUGGGCCAACUCAGUUAUUUUCUUGGGAUUGAAUUCACCAAAACUGAUGAAGGAAUUUUGAUGCAUCAGUCCAGGUAUGCAUUGGACAUGUUAACUAAGUUUAACAUGCUUCAUUGCAACCCUGCUAAUACUCCAACAGAGAUGGGAGUGAAGCUUGAGAAGGAUCUUGAAGAAGAAGUAGUUGAUCCCACUAAAUAUAGAAGGAUGGUUGGGAGUCUAAGGUACUUGUGUAAUACAAGGCCAGAUAUUAGUUAUAGUGUGGGCUUGGUCAGUAGAUUCAUGCAGAAUCCCAGAAUUUCUCAUCUGAAUGCUAUCAAAAGGAUCUUGAGGUAUCUAAAAGGUACCACCAAGUAUGGAAUUUUGCUGCCUAAAAGUGGAUCGGGAGGAGAUGUGAGAGUUACUGCUUACUCAUACUCGGAUUGGUGUGGAGACAAGGGUGAUAGGAAGAGUAUAGCGGGGUACGUGUUCUUUUUGGAUGGGGCACCAAUUUCUUGGAGCUCUACGAAGGAACCAGUUGUAGCUUUGUCUUCAUGUGAGGCAGAGUACAUUGCUGCGUGUGAAGCCACUUGUGAGGUAGCUUGGCUUGAUUAA